AUGCUCAAGCGCACACUUGCAACAGCUACGGACGACCAGCCUCGCUUACGCUUGGGAUCCACAGCACCAAACUUCAAAGCAAAGACCACUCAAGGCGACAUUGACUUCCAUCAGUGGCUCGAGAACAAAUGGGCAAUACUUUUCUCCCAUCCCGCAGACUUCACACCAGUCUGUACCACAGAAUUGGGUGCCUUCGCCAAAAUGAAAGGGGAAUUCGACAAGCGGGACGUGAAGAUGAUAGGACUUUCCGCCAACGACCUUACCUCUCACGACAGAUGGAUUGCCGACAUCAACGAAACGCAAGGCAGCAAUCUCCAAUUCCCCAUCAUUGCAGACUCGGACAGGAAAAUCGCAUUCACUUAUGACAUGGUAGACGCACAGGACGUGACAAACACGGAUGAGAAAGGAGUCGCCUUCACGAUAAGAAGCGUGUUCGUGAUCGAUCCGGCGAAGAAAAUCAGGUUGACAAUGAUGUAUCCAGCUUCGACGGGGAGGAAUACCAGUGAGGUGCUCAGGGUCAUAGAUUCUUUGCAGACGGGCGAUGGAAAGGGCGUCACAACCCCUGUUGACUGGAUACCUGGAGACGACGUCAUCGUACCUCCAACCGUAGCGACGGAGGAUGCGAGGAAGAAGUUUGGGGAUGUGAAGGAGGUUAAGCCACCGCCCAAAGCCUUCGACCUUGUGCCCGAAGCAACAGUACCUCGGCCCCUCAUGGCGAGCUCAGCGGCCUCCGGGCUCUUGAGCCGCCAGCUCAAACAAAUGCAAACCGACAAAGACAUUCCCGGCAUAAGUUGCGGACUGAUCUCCAACAACGUGUUAGAGUGGGAGGUCAUGCUCAUGAUAUCGGAUGACUGCAAGUUCUACGGUGGAGGCUUUUACAGAGCACAUCUUGUGUUUCCCCCAGAGUACCCGCACCUGCCGCCCAAGAUGACUUUCAAGACGCCGGUUUUCCACCCCAAUGUCUAUCAAUCUGGCGAAGUCUGCAUCUCAAUCCUCCACCCACCCACACACGAUCCGUACGGAUACGAACACGCUUCAGAGAGAUGGUCUCCUGUACAGACACCGGAGACGAUAUUAUUAAGCGUGAUAAGCAUGCUGAGUAGUCCGAACGAUGAGAGUCCUGCGAAUGUGGAAGCUGCGAGAAUGUGGAGAGAAGAUCCGAAGGAAUUCAAGAAGAGGUGUAGGGCGAAUGUCAGGGCGAGUCUGGGUGAAGAAUAA